CCCUGGGCAACGGCAAACGGCUCUGCUGUACUCAAAGGCGUGAAUUAUGCCUCCGGUUCAGCUGGCAUUCGAGACGAAACUGGGAAACAAUUGGUAAAGAUUUAUUAGCCAUAUAUUAUAAAUUAAAUAUAAUACCAACAAAAAUGUUAAAAAUGCAUCUACAUCGAAUAAUUGUAUUCACUAAUACAAUUGUAUGCCUGACUAUUUGCAGGGUCGCCGCAUCUGCAUAAAUGAGCAAUUACGAAAUCACAAAAAUACAGUCUCAAAGAUGGUUGGGAUACUAGGGAAUCAAGACAAAGCCACCCAGCAACUAAACAAGUGCUUGUAUUCGGUUCAAGUAGGCAGUAAUGAUUACCUAAACAACUAUUUCAUGCCCCAACAUUACAACACAAGCACCCAAUACACUCUAGAGCAAUAUGCAGGUGUUCUUAUGGAACAAUUUUCUCGACAAAUGAGGAUUUUAUAUGGUUAUGGAGCAAGGAAGUUUGCAUUGUUUGGAAUGGCGCCUAUAGGUUGCACACCACAUGCAAUUAAGACUUAUGGCACCAAUGGCACCUUAUGCGUCAACAAAUUGAACGAUGCAGCCCAGCUUUUCAACGAUCAACUCAAAUUGCUUAUCGAACAACUCAGAAUAGAAUUGGAAGAUGCAAAAUUUGUUUAUGUCAACAUGUUGGGUAUGAUAAUGCAAUUGCCGAAACAUUUUCCGGGUACGCAUAUCAGUCAAACAUUUAAUCCAUUAUCAUACAUGACUUGUUUAUAGCAAGCAAUAACAGAACAAUUUUUGUUGUUGGUCUUAAUUAGAGUUCAAACCAA